UUUCCAACUGUUCGGAGGGAAAACAUUGAUCUUUUUAUUGGGAAUAGUUUCUGAAACGAAAUGAAUAAAACUUUUUUGCUUCAGCUCAGAUUUUUGUGUGCAAAUCUUUUCGGUCGUCAAUCGCAUGUGCAACAACAGCUUCUCGAUUCUUUGGGAGUUCCAGAAUCGUCCUUCGAAUACGGCUGACGAGAGCUAAUAAUAUUAUUAAAUAAAAAGUGAAAGUUGCCUUAAAAGAGUGAAUCAUUUGUUUGGUUAACACAGUAACAAUAAACUAGCUAAAACUAUGACAAUGUGAAUAAUAUAUACUACGCUCGACAAAAAAAAAAAAAUUAAAAAUUUAGAAAAAACAAUAACAAUAACAGCUUUUAAAAGAAAUAAGCAACAACAACUUUACUGUGGGCCGUUUAUGAUCACAAAUUUCAAUUGGAUUUAAUCAAAACCAUAAGAAAACUCAGUCAGUCACAAGCACACACACCCAGACAGAGAGAGCCUAUUAACAUUGCGUGUGUAUUAGUAUACCUGUACCUGUGAGUGUAUAAGUGUAAGUGUGAGUGUGCGAGUGUGUGUGUGUCCCAGUGUCGUCUGACCGAGAAACUUAAACUAAGCCAGCAACGCUGCAUUUCAUUGAAACGAACUUCAAACUGUCACAGAUACUGAGAUACUAAGAAACACAGAUACAGAUACAUGCAAAUUGACAACUAGAGUGUUUAUCCAACCCCUGAGUGCAUUUCCGAGAGAGGUGCAAUGGGCAAAAUGGCCAGCGAGGAGACUUUCACCGACAAAGAUAAAAUUGAAUUGUCGCGCUUUGGCGAAUUCUGUCAACGACGCGGCAUAAAUCCCAAUUUGAUAAUGCUCAAGAUAACCCUGUUUGUCAUGUACGGAGCCACUUCAUCAUUGUUGCCGUAUUUGACGAUACACAUGCAAUCGAUUGGAUUGACAGUGGAAGAGAUUGCGAUUAUCUAUCUGGCAUUGCCUUUUACGACAUUUCUCAGCCCACCGAUAACAGGUUUUCUCGUUGACAAAUUUGGCAAAUACAAACCCGUCGUUGUGAUGAGUCUCUUGCUAAAUGCAAUUUUCCAUCACUCGCUGCUCUUUAUACCGCAACAGGAGAUACCCGGAGUUGUUCCAUCGGCAUUUGUACUACGACAUCCGGAUAGCGGCGACAUUGAGGUUUGGUGGUCUCCCUGUCCAAGUAGGGAGUGUCCCGAGGAGCCCGAACUCGAUUUGGCCGUGUAUCAAUGCGUUGACUAUUGUCUAAUGCAGGAACAAACGAAUCCACAGCUUUACACUGAUUUGCCGAUGCAUGACAAGUAUCCAACAGCAACAACAAGCAGACCAAUAUCGAGUACAACAGCAAUGGGAGCAGUGCUCAGUCCAGGAAUGGAUGCGAGUGAAUCAAAUGUGCCAACAACAACAGGCACAACAACAUCGACGACGACAUCAACAACAUCUUCGCCCGCAUCAUCAUUGCCAGCAUUAUUCGCAACGCAAACGAGAAGCAGAUACCAAGAUGUACUUAAUAUGUCAUCGACCAUGUUCCCACCACUGGAGAAUGUUUCAGCAAUGUCCUUGCUCCUUCAGCAGCAACAGCAGCAGCAGUCGCCGUCACAGUCGCAGUCAUCGUCGUCAUCAUUAUCAUCAGCUGAAUUGUCAUCCAUGUCCAUGCAGGGAUUGAAUCGACCUAUGGGAACCCGUUUUCGUGAAUUCUUUAUGGACACAGAAAAUAGUAAAGUUUCCACAGGAAAUGCAGGCACUGUCAGUGGCAAUCCAAAUGCAAGCAUCAGUUGGGUGCACUCAGAUAAUGCAGAUGCCACAUACUUCAUGCUGCAAAUGCAUCCCGAUCUGGCGGAUCCCACAGAGCAAUUGGGCAUGGAAAUUGAACAGGAUGAUAACGAAACUGUCACGGAUAUAAGACAACGAUUUGGCGAAGAUAGACUGGUGAAGAUGCAAAUCAAUCUCACAGAUAUGGAUGAUUUGGAUCUACGUUGUGGUGGCCUAGUCAGACGCACCAAUAUCUCGUAUGUUAACUCGGGAGCUGUCAAGUGCAUGAUGCAACGUUGCACGUUCACUUUGAAUGCACCAGAGAUCUGUCCACCAGACUACAAAGAAACCGACGACACUAUAUUCUGGAUAUACUUUCUGCUCAGAUUCCUGGCCACUACCAUGUUGUCGGCUGGAGUUACCAUCAUGGAUCCUAUUGCACUGACAAUGAUAGAGAAGUUUGGCGGUGAUUUUGGCCGUGAGCGACUCUUCUCAAGCAUUGGCAUGGCCAUCUUCUCACCCAUCACGGGCAUCAUGAUUGACUACUCAUCUCGUGGAUUGGGUUACACCGACUAUUCAGCUGCGUUUUAUACGUACGAUGUGCUCUUGGUGAUAUCGACAAUGUCUGUGCUAAUGAUGCCCCUGGGCGAGAAGUUGCCGGCUGAUAAUGUGUUUAGGGAUUUAUGGAAUCUAUUAAAAAUGCCGCACGUGAUUGCAUUUAUCUGCUUUCUGUUUGUGCUCGGUAAUUUCUGGGGCUUCAUCGAAAGCUUUCUCUUUCUCUAUCUUAAGGAAUUGGGUGCACCGAAUUAUCUGUUGGGUAUAACAAUUACGGUGGGCACUGUGAGCAGUAUUCCCUUCCUUUAUGGCGCAGAGAAGAUCACACGAAUCUUUGGCCAUGUCAAUUUGAUUAUUAUUGCAUUCUUCUCGCAUGCCGGACGACUCGUCGGCUAUUCCUUUAUCGAGAAUGCCUGGUGGUGCUUCCCCUUUGAGGCAAUGGAAUCUCUAUCCUGCCACUUGAUGUGGGUGGCAGCUGCCACCUAUUGCUCCAUCUUGGCUCCCAAAAGUCUGUUGGCCACAUUGAUUGGCGUGCUUGGCAUGGCUCACUUCAGUCUGGGACGUGGCAGUGGCAGCUUCACGGGUGGCCUGCUCAUCGGUCAAUUCGGCACAAGAGACGCCUUUCGUUAUAUGGGACUCCUCGCUGUGGUUGGCGGCAUAGCCUAUGGACUGUUGCAUCUCAUUUGGCUGCGAAAGUUCGAUCACACCACUGAGGAGUCCGAGGAGGAAGUGGAGGCCGUUGAGGUCGGUGAAACAGAGAAACUAACCGAGCCGGCAACCAAGGAACAGGGCACAUCCAUGUCGCUGGAACGUUUGAGCCUGAUGAUCAAAUACAAUCAGAUUGGCAGUCUGUCAUCGUUGCCGCGUGGCUCGCGGGCGGAUAUACACGACCAUUUGGCGGUGCGUCGCAGCAGCUACAAUGUGGAAUCGCUUCGGGGUGUGCCGAGGCAUGGGAACAUUGGGAGCAGCGCAUCCAAGGUGGAUAUACUGCGUUCAGCGCUCGAGAUUAAUCACAAGUCCUCCAACAAUUCGAUGCUGAGCAAAGCCGAUAACAAAACGUCAAAUCAAUCACUGGGUCGCAAUCGUGCCGACAGUGCGCCCAAAUUGAAUCACAGCAAUCUAAAGAAUAUUUCACAACCCGCCCUCGAGGGUGUUGUAUUAGAGGGAGUGGAAUCCACAUUCUUUCCAAGCCGCAUGAAAAAGUAUCCAAGUGGUUUGUUAACUUCAAUACCCGCUGUGGAUUUAUCUGUAUUACCCAGCUCCAUGUUAAUGGAUCAGGAGGGUCCCAAAGUAAUACCCGAGGAGACGGAGCUAAACUCAUCGAAAACCACAGUCUCGGGCUGUGUGGAGGAGACACCCCCUAUAGUUCAGAGCACGCAGCUUAAUGGCAAUGGAAAGGGUCUGCAGGACAAUGACAAUUGAUUGACAUCAAUAUGAAGCCACAUGUAACGGGGCGGAUAAGUGAUAUUAAUAAACAAUAAACCAAAUAUUGAAUGUAAUUACACAUAUAACAAUUACAAUUUGAACACCAUAACAUAAUGUUUGUGUUUUUGUGUGAAUCAAACUAUAAUCAAAUUAUUGUUAAUUGUUACAAAUAAAAUAUAAAAAUUAAAGUUUGUUUAAUUAA